AUGUUGUCGUUACCAAUAUUGACAGCAGCAUCGCUUCUCCUUCCCGCGCUCUCGAGUGCGCAGAUCGCUCGCGACCCUGGCGUCUACGGGCCUCCACUCGAGAUUGUACACCUCUAUGAUGAUCAAUGGCCGACAGGAAUCACCGUCUCUCGCACCGGCCGCAAAUUUUCCAACUACCCGCCCGGCCUCGAUGCGAACAACACGAACAACGGCAGCAAUGGAAAGUAUACAGUCGCCGAACUGAUUGGGAACAACACCGAGCGCCCCUACCCCUCCGCCGACAUAAACAACCCCCCAGGCGGCAGCAUAAAUUACACGACCUACCCGCCCACCGGCGCAAACUACCAGAAUUACCUUAUCGGCGUGCAGUCCGUCGUCCUAGAUGCAAAAGACAGAUUGUGGAUCCUAGACACCGGCCGCGCGCUUACAUCCAACAGCACGCUCGUUCCUGCGAGUUAUGGCGGGCCGAAACUUGUUUGCGUAGACCUAUCCACUGAUACCGUGACGAAGACCAUUGUAUUCCCAACCACCGUAGCGUACUCCGAUUCCUAUCUUAACGACGUGCGCUUCGACCUCCGCAAGUCCACAGCCGGCGUAGCAUAUAUCACAGACUCCAGUACGGAAGGUCGCAACGGUAUCAUCGUGGUAGACCUGGGCAGCGGGGAGAGCUGGAGACACCUUGAUGGCGCACGCGAAGUGCGACCCGACAGGGGCUUCGUCGCGAACGUGUGGGGCGAACCUACAUACUACAUCCCCGGGCCAGGCCAGCCGCUUACUUACCUUCCCUUUGGAUCGGACGGAAUUGCGCUUGGGGCUGAUGGCGAAGAUCUCUAUUGGACCGCGGUAGGCAGCCGCACACUUUAUAGUCUGUCCACAGAGAGGUUGCUAGAUCGUAGUUCCAAUAGCGAGCUGUUGGCGCAGAAUGAGAUACGCAACCGCGGGGAAAAAGGCGUCAGCGACGGUAUGGAGACAGACACGAACGGAUACAUCUACGCUGGAAACAUGGAGCAGGAAGCUAUCUCUUUCUUCAACCCGAAGGACGCUUCCUCGACUAUUUUCGUAAGAGAUCCAAGGAUUAAUUGGGUGGAUACUAUGGCCACUGGCGCAGACGGCUACCUCUAUUUCACAGUUAACCAGCUUUCUUUCAGCUCGGCGUUCUAUCCGGGGACGGAUCGGAGGGUGAAGCCGUUUGUGCUGUUCAGGGCACAGUUACCCGGAAAUGGGACGAGGACAUAUUCUGCAUAUCACUUCCUACUACCUCUCGGCCGGUCGGGCCUGAAGGUCUCCUCCAUCAUCCUCGGCGCCAUGGGCUUCGGCGAUCCCGCCUCCUCCAACGGGCCGUGGGUCCUUGACGAAGCUGCCUCUCUCCCGCUCCUCAAGUACGCUUUCGACAAAGGCAUAAACACCUGGGACACGGCCGAUACCUACUCACAGGGAAAAAGCGAGGAGAUUAUCGGUCGGGCUAUUAAACAGUACGGGAUUCCGCGCGAGAAGCUCGUCCUACUGUCAAAGGUAUUUUUCGGCGUGGAUGAAGCCGAGGUUGUCAAGAAGGAGGGCGGAUUCGAUCUAGUGAAGGCGAUGGUGAAUGAUGGCUCGAUGGUCAACCGUGUGGGUUUGAGUCGGAAGCAUAUCCUCGAUGCGGUAGAUGCUUCAGUGAAGAGACUAGGGACGUACAUCGAUGUUCUUCAAAUCCACCGUUACGAUCCUGACGUUCCCGCUGAGGAGAUCAUGAAGGCGCUGAACGAUGUGGUCGAAAGUGGAAAGGCGCGUUAUAUUGGGGCGAGUUCGAUGGCGGCGUGGCAAUUCCAACUACUCAACAACACGGCGGAGAAAAAACGGAUGGUAAGUCGCUGUUUCCUAUUCCCGCACAAAUUCAUCUCCAUGCAAAACUACCACAACCUGCUGUACCGUGAAGAAGAGCGCGAGAUGCACCCAUACUGCUUCCACGAGGGCAUCGGCCUGAUCCCUUGGUCUCCCCUCGCACAGGGCAAACUCGCUCGGCCAUGGAGCGCUUCUUCUUUUCGGAGCGACAAUAACCCCUUCGGCGACAUGCUGACUGCGCCCUCUGAUGAAGCCAUCGUCAAUAAAGUUGAGGAGGUAGCAAAGAAGUUGGGUGUGAGUAUGGCGCAGGUAGCUACGGCGUGGAGCCUGAAGAAGAGCGUGAAUCCCAUCUUGGGACUGCAGAGCGAGAAGAGAAUUGAUGAGGCGUUGGGAGCUGUGGGUAUCGUGCUAAGCGAGGAAGAUGUUAAGGCAUUGGAGAGCGUGUACACUGCGAAGCCAGUCGCGCCGCUAUGGUAG